CUCCAGAACGCAUGCGUUCUGGGAUGCAUUCUGCUCGGAUGACUUACAUUAAUCCUCCGUAACUAGGCAGAGAAUCUGCGACUUUCGCCACCAAGAGAGACAGAAAUAUGUCAGGAAGGAAUAAAAGGGAGAAGAAGAACGGCUUGAAGAAGAAGCCGGGUUCUGAUGCUCCUCACAAAACAUACUCCAGAGGCGAGCUGGGAGAGAGUAUCUUUGAAAGUUGUCCUGAUUUCAAUCUGGACGACCCCGACAUGAAGCUCAUGAGCAUGGAGUAUAACAGUCUUCAUGAUCCGCACCUGAAGCACUUUUUUAAUCAGCGAGGGAAGAAAAAACACCUGAAAAAACUGGGGCUCAUCACGCAUGACAACAAAGUGCUGUGCACUCUGAAGGAGUUCAGGGACUACAUGCGCUACAGGGAGGCUCUUCAUUUAAGCUGCGAGAAGUAUUUGCUCGAGAAACAGACGUAUCUCCUGAAACACUUCAUAAUACUGAAGCAGAAAGGUGAAAUGCCAGAGGCCUUCAGUGUUUCAGACAUGAUUGAUUUGCUGAUAAACAAAGGGAUGGACACCUUCAGGAAAAUGUACAAACAAAACAUUAAAGCUGGCAGAAAUCUAUAUUAUGAUGAAGUGAUGUGGAAGGUAAGGCAGCGACUCCAGCUGGAAAAAAUAGAGAAAGAAAUGACACGGGAACUCAGACUGAAGCACAGAUUCCAGGAUAGAAAGAAAGCAUUGAGUAAGCCUGUAAGGACUGCAUUGACUUCAAAGGUCGACUCUUCCUCCCGGUCUUUACCACCUCCUGCACUCCAAACUUUACACGAAGAAACGGACGAGUCGUUAACAGCAUUUCAUCGCCCUGGAGUCUCUGCUGGAUUAACUGGAUUAGUUGGAAUAAUUAAUAAAAUCUCCAGUGAGUCACCUGGGGAAUCUGCAAAUGUGAUGGAGGAAUUUUCAUCCAAAGAAAAAAGUCCCAAAGAUCAGGUUCAGACAGCAGUGUUGGAGGAGCUGAAUAAGUUUGUAACUGAAAUAUUAGCACCUUGCCUCAUGUUGGAUACUGAGGAUAGCAAAAACCCUCCGAUGGGUGACUCGACUGUUCAUCCUCAUAUCAGUGAGGAUGUCAUGAAGUUUGCUGUGGAUAAGGUGAUUUCACUUCUGUCCCCGACUGAGGCACCUGGGAGCUCUGAGACCGAAACGCUUGAGCCUAUGAAUCUCAAGAGUGCUGUGUUAACAGAGAUGAUGGUGAAGGACCCAGUGAAGGAAAUGGUGGAAGAUUGGGUUCAGUUUGACAUUCAACAAAAAUCUUCCUUUAGAGAUGAGGUACAGCCUGCAAGCCAACAAACUCCACAGUCUCAUAAUCAGCAUUCUCAUGAGAUUCCAGGUGACCUGUCAUCAGACACAUCUGAGGGCUUGGGCCACUCCUUACCAAACAAUCUCACUAGAGAUAUUGUGAAAUCUGCACUGGACAGAGUUUCAGUAGUGAUCUCUGGGAGAGAGGCACUGUUUUCUCAGCAGAAAUCAGACAAGGUCUCCAGGGGGUCAGAUUCAUCCUCUAGUAGUUCUCUGGAGAAAUCUGAUGAGUUAGCUGAAAGUACAAGUGACGGCAAUAAUCCUGUUAGACUUUGUUUGGAAAUCCUCAGCCAUUUACAGUUAGAGACAAGGACAGCUCUCUAUGAAACCCUACAGGGAAUUCUGAGCAAGAUAGAAAGCGGGGACCUUUCUGACUGGACGGAGCCGACUGUUUCACCCGAAAACAUUGGGAUGAUCCUGGAUCUGAUCACUGAAAUACUUAAAGUGUGCAACAUGGAAGAAGACACCAGUGAUGCUCAAAGCUCUCAAUGUAAAAAAAGAGAUGGAAAAUAGUCCAACUGGUGGAAAACAAAAGAGGAAGAAGUUAAAACGUGACUUUUUCAAAAAACCUGACAGAUGAUAAAGAAAGUUAUCAUCCAACAAAGUCCAUCUUAUUGCUUAACUCUCUAAAAAUUAUAUAAACUCAAAUUGCCUGCAAUUUACGUACUCCUCAUAUUGGCUGAAAGAAUAGUUUUAAAAUGUUUAGUUUAGAUUAUAAAAGAAUAGUUUUAUUGGUUAAAGAAGCAUCACAUCUUUCAUUGGUUAUGGAGGAAGUUCUUUUUGGUUUAGUUAAGCAGCACCCAUCUGAUUAGAAGACUACUGAUUCAGAAACACAGGGUCCUAUGUGACCCAGAUGAAAAUGGGCUCUCUUUUGAUGCAUGAGUCUUUCUUUUCCACUAUCACCUCUGGCCUGCUCUUUGGGGUUAUACAUUUCCAGAUUUAUUAACAGAUGCCUUGCAAUACCAUUGAAAUAACAAUAACAAAAAUGUCAUUCAAUAAAAAAAAAAGCUAUGUUCUUUGUUUAUUUUCAUAGAUUUAUUUGUUACCCGAUGAUAGACUAAAGCAGGGGCCCUUAUGCUCUUGGAGGAUAAGGUCCCCUGCUUUCCGCUAUCAUCCAACAUUAGUCUAUAAUAUUAGUCAUGUUUUAGCCGUAUUAUAACGAGAGAGGAAUGUUUUCAAAAUCCAAUGCACCUGUUCAUCCUCUAAACUUUAUUAGAAUAUGUAUUCUUUAACAUUUGAUUUUGUUUUAAUAAAUUAUAAACGUAU